UAUCUUCAACCAAUCAGAAUCCAGAUCUUGUCAAAAUUACUUACUGAUAACUUAUUUUCUAGUGGAGAAGAUCUUGAAUGUGUGUCAGAUUAAGAUAAUGUCUAUGUAGUUAUUUAACACCGGAUUAACUUAACUCUAGUGCCUCUCUUUUAAAAGGAUUAUAAAAUACUUCACACAAAAUUCCUCGUAGACAAUGUAUAUAGGAAACUUUAUGUUUGGAUUUAUUUCAGUUUUAUGUAUUUUUGGAUGUUCAUUAGCUGUGCCUUUUAGUCUUUUCUUUCCAUCGGGGGACGACAGGGGAGACCGAGUAUUGAGGGCUGGAGACGAUGUCAGUUCGGAUGAAAUAGCUUUGCAAACACCAAUAUCUUACUAUGACGAUAGAUAUUCCAGUAUUUUUGUUAAUAAUAAUGGACAUUUAUCAUUUGAAUCAGAGCUUCCAGCUUAUCAAUCAACGUUAAUAUUACCAAUAGGAUUUAAAGUAUUAGCAGCAUUCAUAGCUGACAUAGACACAACUUAUGCAGGCACAGUUUAUUACAGGGAAACAGAUGAGACAGAUUUAUUACAGAGGGCAGCUUUAGACGUUCAUGCACAUUUUGCUGAUUUUGACAAUUACAUGCCAACUAGUCUGUUUAUAGCAACCUGGGAUCAUGUUGGAUUCUACAAUAGAAAUGAUUCAUUGUUAAACACUUUCCAGAUUGUAAUAGCCUCUGAUGGUCAGGACUCCUUUAUUUGUUACCAUUAUCUUGAUGAUGGAAUUAACUGGAUCACUAGUUCAGGGAAGGAAAGCCCAUAUUACCCAGACCCUCCAGCUCAGGCAGGAUUUGAUUCUGGGGAGGGAAGACGUUAUUACAGAUUACCAAACUCUGGAACAAAACAAGUUAAGGAUCUUGCUACGUCCUCCAAUAUAAAUGUACCAGGAGCCUGGAUUUAUAGAAUGGGUAGAACUAAUGGAGGCAACAUCUUAUCACCUGAUCUUAACACUGGGGAUGUGACCAUCUUUGAACCAGACAUGGGAUCAGAUACAUGUUUAGAAGGGGCCAAAACUUGUCAUAUCAAUGCUCAAUGUGUAGAUUUUGAGAAAGGUUUCUGUUGUGAAUGUAUGACACCAUUCUAUGGAAAUGGAUUAAGCUGUUUAAAACCAGGAGUAGCUCAGAGAUUGAAUGGCAAACUUAAUGGGGUAUUGAACAGCCAGUCUCUAACAAACCUAGACAUGCAUGCUUAUGUAGUAACUGCUGAUGGUAGAGCCUACACAGCUAUUAGUCGUAUCCCCAGAGCCAUCGGAGCACAGAUGUUGACAUUGAACACUAUUGGUGGUAUCGUUGGAUGGAUGUUUGCUGCCACCCAAACAGAUAGAGCUAAAAAUGGGUAUAUGUUGACAGGUGGUGAAUUUAACAGAACAGCAGUAAUUAAGUAUCAGAGUGGUCAAACUGCAUAUGUAAGACAGCAGUUCUUUGGCCAUGAUGCUCUAGAUAGCAUUGCUCUGCAGACCACAAUAGAAGGAACUGUCCCUGAUAUAAUCAACGGAGUCAAGAUUACAAUAGAUGAUUAUAAAGAAGAGUAUAGGAGGGUUUCUCCAGGUGUUAUAAAGUCGUUUUCCACUAGAACAUACAGAAUGAAUGAAGUGGCAUACAAGUAUACCUGGGAUCAGACCAUCACAUUCAACGAAUGUCAGCACGAUCCGUCACGACUCAUUUCUGAUAGUAUGAGACUAGGUGUCACUAGAAAUUUUGUUGUCUAUGAUGACCAGAAUGAUGUUGUCAGAUACGCCAUGUCCAAUAAAAUUGGAAUUAUGACUGGAAUGGAUCCCUGUCUUGAAGGGAUACAGAAUUGCGAUUCUAAUUCUAAUUGUAUACCUCGUGGUGACCAAUUUGAUUGUGUAUGUAAGACAGGAUUCUCUGGUGAUGGACGGGCUUGUACAGAUGUGGAUGAAUGUGCAGCCGAUUUGAAUAUAUGUGAUGUAAAUGCCAGAUGUUAUAAUGUUCCCGGUAGUUUUCAGUGUCAGUGUAAUUCUGGUUACCGUGGUGAUGGUAGAUCUUGCGUCAAGGAGGUAGUACUGUGUGGUGAUAGUACCUGUCAUGAUCAAGCUAGAUGUGUAUACAACAGUGACUUACAGAAACCUAUGUGUGAAUGUAAUACAGGAUUUUCUGGGGAUGGAACAAGGUGUGACCCUAUACAAUUUGGAUGCAAUGAAGUAUCUGGAGUUUGUCACGAGGAUGCUGAAUGUGUAUAUGAUGUGGAUGACGAAAAGUACAAAUGUCAAUGCAACGAUGGCUACAGUGGUGAUGGUGUCAGCUGUGAACGUUCUGAAAUAGCUGACUGUAAUUGUGAUCGUAAUGCUGAGUGCCUGUGGGAUAUUGUUAUGUUUGCCUAUAGAUGUGUAUGUCUUCCUGGGUAUACGGGUGAAGGAAGAACAUGUUCUCGUAUAGAAGUGCCCUCCGUAUGUAGCAACUGCCAUGUAAAUGCUCGCUGUGUUUACGAUGAGAUCACGAGACGACAUGAAUGUGUGUGUUCUAAAGGCUGGACUGGUGAUGGUACAGACUGUCAGAUGGAAGACUGCCGUGUCACACAGAACUGUGAUCCUAAUGCUGACUGUGUCAAUGAUGUAAUUGUUGGCAAAUUCAGAUGCCUGUGCAAAAAUGGAUAUAUGGGUGAUGGGUAUCGUUGUGACCCCGAGGGUUGUAACAUGUACAAUGACUGUGAUAUUAAUGCCCAAUGUGUUGUGGAUAGUAGAGUGAAUAGAUAUAGAUGUGUGUGUAAUACUGGAUAUGAUGGGGAUGGUAAAGUUUGUAUAUCAAGAGUGGUGCCCUGUAACCAAGUAAACAACUGUGGACCUAAUUCUCAAUGUUUGUAUGAUCCUGAUUCCUCGUCAUACAGAUGUCGAUGUUCAGCAGGCUAUCAGGGAGAUGGACACAGAUGUGAACCUAGAGGUUUGGACUCCUGUAGAAGAGACCCCAGAGUGUGUGACAGACAUGCCAGUUGUAUAUUGAAUGUAGAUAUUUAUUCCUGUGUAUGUAAUGAUAAUUACAGAGGAGAUGGAAGAAGAUGUGAACCUAUGAGUAACAGAGAUAACUAUUUACUGUUUAGUAGAGGUUACACUAUACACAAAGUACCUUACAUACAGACUGAGGAUGAUAUGGGGGCAAGAGUACUUUAUAAACCAGAUGAGUUGAUUAUUGAUGUGGAUACAGAUUGUGUGGAUGGAGAUAUUUACUGGACUGAUGUUUCUGGUGGGAAAAUAAGUAGAGCAAAACUGGAUGGUUCUAAUGAAACAGUCGUUGUUAGUGAUCAGAGUUCACCUGAAGGUAUUGCUGUUGACUGGUUGUCUAGAAACUUGUUCUGGACAGAUUCAGGUUUAGAUAUUAUUCAAGUGUCAAUGCUGAAUGGAACAUACAGGAAAACUUUAGUGUCAGAAGAUUUAGUCAAUCCUAGAGCCAUUGUUGCUGAUCCUAACCAAGGAAUGAUAUACUGGACAGAUUGGAACAGAGGCGCACCAAAGAUAGAGAAGGCUUACAUGGACGGAACACAUAGAGAAGUCCUGGUAGAUACAGACCUAGGACUACCUAAUGGACUGGCCCUAGACUUUUAUACCAAUCAACUUUGCUGGGGUGAUGCUGGUACAAGAACAAUAGAAUGUAUAAGAACAGAUGGUGUAGGUAGAGCCAUACUGACAGAUGAAGCACCUUAUCCAUUUGGUUUGACAUUCUCUGGCAGCAGCAUAUACUGGUCAGAUUGGACCAUAUCAAAUGGUGUAUCAAGUGUAAAUCGUAACGGCCAAGUAUCAGAUAAAUCUUUAAGUUUACCUAUCGGAGGAAAUGGUAAAUUGUAUGGUAUAACAGCAGUCAGAGCUCAAUGUCCAAGAAUAAACAAUGCGUGUGCCAGGAACAAUGGAGGCUGUACAUUCCUUUGUUUACCCACCCCUAAUGGUGGCAGAACCUGUACCUGUCCUGAUGAUAUAGACCCUGAGAGAUGUAAUCAAGUAGCUCUACUUAGAAAAAGAUAAAUGUUAAUCAUCUGACUGCAUAGAGAAGAUGAUCAAAAAAUCAAUUGAGGACAAAAUUGUAAUACCAAAGAUGUGUAUUUUUAGCAAUAGUAGUUAUAAGCAAAACAAAUCAUGUUCAUAUAGAGUUUCUAGGUACUAUCUACAUAUUAACUAUUAUUAUGUUGAGUUAAGUCAUUCUCAUAGCUUUUGAGUGAAAAACUGUUUACAUUCUAAAAGUGUUUUACCUAUUUCAGACUCUUAUUUUACCGAAAUCAUCUUUGUUUUGACUUUUUAAAAACUAAUGAAUAAUCCUUAACAGUUUAUAUGAAACAUACAGAAAAAAAACAUAUCGAAUAAAAAUGGAGAAAUCAAACAAUUUGAGAUCAAAAUGUUUUAUAUAUCAAGUCUAUAUAUAAAGUCUCAUCUUAAAAAACCUUAGCAAAAUAUAAAAAAAAAAGUUAUUAGUGUUGUAUUUGUUUUUAUUUCAUUUACAAUUUUUUGUAGAUAAUUUGUUCUAAGGUUGUACAUUAUGAUAUUUUUAACAAGAUCUGAUGUACAUAUUGUAUAAUUAUUAUUGAGAUACUCCAUAUAUAUGUUUGUAUGUAUACAUCUAGUGCCAAAAUAUAGUCCCUAUCAAGAAUUAAAUCUGAACAAAUUUUAGAUCUCUAUGAAGAAGAACUUUCUUUUUUAUUGUAUUUGUGUUCUUUUACAUGUAACUAUAUAAAACCGAUAUUAUUAUAACCUAUAUGCAAAUCCAUCUAUUUUUAGCCACUUACUAUUCAAUUUGAUAUUUUAAGUUUUUUAUAUGUGAUGUCAAAUGUAUGCUUUGUAUGAGUAUUUGUUAGUCUUUAAAUAUGUUACUCUUGUUUCAUACAAGAAUAAUACAUUGUCCCACUGCAUUAAAGAAAACUUAUAUAAUGAUGAACAAAUAAUAGGUUUAGCAUCAUCAGCUAGACUUUUUAACUGCAUUCUUUUACAUUUUGUUUGCCCAAAGAAUACUCAAAACACAAUGCUCAGCUUCUUUUAUUCUGCUCAAAUAGAUUAAUUUUAUAAUUAUAACAAGCACACCGCCAGGAUUUAAUGCUUGUAAGGGGUACCCCAAAAAAUUAUGAUUAACCUAGUUAAGCAACAGUAUAAAAACAAACCCAUGCAAAUCAAAGACAUUUUAUUGAUUUAAUAGGUUGAAUCUGCCCCAUGUAUUAAGCAUUUUGACCUUAUUUUGGGAGAGUAGUUGUAUUUGUAUUGUAUAUUGUAGAAUUCUUAUAAUAGUUAUAAUCCAUGUUUUCAAAAACAUUCAAUGGUUCUGAUAGGUGCUAUAAGUAAUAUUAGUAGUAUCAAGUUAAGGCUGUUACUAAAAUAAGAUAUUGUACUGCAUCCUGAUAAAUUCUAAUGCUCAAUAAAAAUGUUACAUCACUUUUAA